GCGCUGUUCUCUCUGACAUACACGCACACAUGCACGCGCACACACCGAUGGAGACAGACAAGCACACACACGCAUACGAGCGCAAAUCCUCUUACAACUCGCCAGUGCCCAGAGCAGAUUAAAGGGCUGCAUAUCUCAAAUUGUAUUCCAAAUGUGCCACCUUUGCAUGGGUCUCCUUCCUCUUCUUCUUGCACUUUCUCCUCUUCCUCCUGAGCCACAACGGGACUUCUGCUCUGCGCCUGCCUCUGCUGCUUCUUCCUCCUCCUCCUCCGUCUUCGUCUUCAACCUCUGGCAAGUGGCCCGUUUGCCUCUGCAGCUGAGAUGACCAGGCAGCCAGCCUGAGGCAGAAGAAGAAACUGCCAAGCUCACACAGACACAGAGGUAGAGAGAGAGAGAAAGAGAGAGGGGGGGGGGAACCAGAGGGAAAAAAAGAGUCUGAAAAGGUAGGAAGUGAAGGAUUAAUUCUGAUCCGAGAGCCCCUCAGGAGAAGGAAGGCAGGCGAGGAAGUUGGGGAGAGGGAGCGAGGGUCAGCACGGCCAGUUUCGGAGAAUUGGAGGUGGAGGAGGAGGACGGGGAGGAGGGGGGUGUAGAAGAGGAGAAAGCUACAGUGCAGAGAGGAGAGAAAGAGGGAGAAAAGAGAGCAAAAAGAGAGCCGAGCGUUGACCAUGAAGGCUCUGUUGCUGCUGGUCCUGCCCUGGCUCAGCCCGGCCAACUACACAGACAAUUUGGGCAACCUGCACAUCCUCUAUUCUGAGCUGUGUAAAGGGGCCUCUCACUAUGGGCUCUCAGCAGACAGGAAGCGACGCUCGCAGGAGGGCGAAUGCACCGACAGCACGUCAGAACUCACCAUCGCCACGCUGCCCAAUGAUGGCCCCGCCUCGGCCGCCGUGGCCCUCCUGUCAGACGAGCCCGGUCUGGUCAACCCCGCCUUCGACCCCAGCAUGGAGGACAACAGUCAGUCAGGCAGCACGACCAGCCUGGCCGCCCGCAGCAGCUCCAAGAAGAGUGAGUUCCGAAAUUUUGACCGUUCCUCAGUGAGGAGCCGUUCCUUCAGGAGGUUAAACCGGGCGUUCAGUGUCCUGCGGAGGACAAAGAGUGGCAACGCGGUGAGCAACGAGACGUCUGAGGAGAGAGACAAUGCCAGGAAUUCCAAUGUGCCACAGGAAGUGUUGGCUCUUCCUCAGCUGCAUCACCUGAUCCCUGACGGUGAACUUACCAGCAUUAAGAUCACGCGGAUGGUUCCCACAGACCCGCUGGCCAUCAGCAUCGUUGGCGGCAAUGAGACCCCCUUGGUCCGCAUCCUCAUCCAGGACAUCUACAGAGAAGGUGUCAUUGCCCGGGAUGGACGCCUGCUGCCUGGGGACAUGAUCCUGAAGGUUAACGGCAUUGACAUCAGCAACGUACCCCACUGCUACGCCGUGGCAACGCUCAAACAGCCCUGCCAGCUCCUCCGGCUAACCGUGCUCAGAGAACAGCGUUAUCGCUACCGCUCGCACAGCCACCCGCACGGCCACGGGCACGGCCAUGAUGUCGCCGGGGGCCACCCGUCUCAUGGCUUACCCCACCAUCCUAUGAGGGAUGAUAGCAUCCACGUGGUCCUGAAUAAAUCCUCUCCAGAUGAGCAGCUGGGCAUUAAGCUAGUGAGGCGGCCAGAGGAGCACGGCGUCUUCAUCUUCCACCUGCUGGAGGGCGGCCUGGCAGCACGCGACGGACAGCUGUGCAUUGGCGACCGCGUGCUAGCCAUCAACGGGCACGAUCUACGUUACGGAGCACCGGAACACGCUGCUCUGCUCAUCCAGGCAAGCGAGGAGGGUGUCCACUUCAUCGUGUCUCGUCAGAUCUGCCUGCCAACCCCAGACAUCUUACAAGAAGCUCCGUGGGGCAUGGACGGACCCCCACCAUAUUCCCCUGUGGAUAUAGAGCAGACACUGCUGGACUCUUGUCAGAAGCCUGCAUGCUAUGAGAAGACAGUUACUCUGACUAAGGAGCCGUAUGACUCCCUGGGUAUGACGGUGGCGGGCGGCAUGUCCAGCCGAGGGUGGGACCUCCCUAUUUACGUCACUAACGUGGACUCUGAUGGAGUGGUCGGACAGGAGGGCUCCAUCCGCAAAGGUGACAUCUUGUUGAACGUGAACGGGGUGAACUUGACGGGGGUGACACGAGGCGAAGCCGUGGCCAACUUGAAGAACACCUCGUCUCCUGUCGUGCUCAAGGUCUUGGAGAUGCGUCCUCCGGAGGAAAGCCUGCAAGAGUGCACGCUGCCGCCCUGUCUCACUCCCUCACCCACAGACAGCAUCAAGAGCCCUGUGCCCAAUGACGAUUACUCGCCCCUGUGGGUGUCAUGGCUGCAGCUACCCAGGCAUCUCUACUGCUGCAAAGACAUUGUCCUGCGGCGGAGCACUUCGGGCAGCCUGGGCUUCAGUAUCGUGGGCGGUCAGGAAGAGGUCAACUGCAAUCAAUCCUUUUUUAUCCGCUCCAUCGUGGAGGGGACGCCGGCCUACAAUGAUGGCAGGAUACGGUGCGGAGACAUCUUGCUGGAGGUGAACGGGACGAGUACAUGGGGAAUGACCCACACGGCGUUGGUGCGCCUUCUAAAGGAGCUUCGGGGCAGAAUCACCCUGACCAUCGUCUCCUGGCCGGGCAGCCUGCUGUAGCAGGGCUCCAAGUCAUCAGGCGCUGCUUCAGUGGCCCCGACCAAGGAAUGUGGAAGGCAGAGCUUGAGACUAGCUGACCACCCUAAGCUUGCUGUGUGGAUGAAGCUUAGAAUAGUGCUAUAGCUGUAUGGAUAUCUCACUUCUGAUGGACAGCUGAGACUUUGCCAGGAGUUUGAAGAGGGACAAACAUGAGACUGGAUUGUUACCAGAGGUUAACUUGCCCCCUCCAGGAACGCUGAACAGGGAGAAUCCAGGCCUGGGACACUUCUGACUAGGAUGUUGGUGUUAUCUGUUUGGUUGUGAGGACAUGAUCACUCUCUGGCACAGCAUCCAGUGAGUGGGGGGUGGGCGGAUCGAGAGGAGACACGACACGUUGCCAAUUCCAGUAGUUAUAUAUUAGGGUAUGCGUUAAGUUGGACUCACAUUUCUUUACUGUAAAUGUUGGGUGUCUAAAAAAGUACCGAUCCAAGCACUUGUAAUACGUUUCUUUUGUUUGUUUGUGGUAUGGCCUUUAAUUAUAGGCUGCAUUCUGUUUGUACUGACAGUAGUUGUCAUCUUCAUCUGUUGACCUGAAGACACAUUGCCAAGUAGUAGUCUGUGUUGAGUUUUUUUUUUUCUUUUCUUUUAUUUCAGAAGCUAUGGCUAAAUUAUCAAACCACUGGCAAUAAAAAUAUAUAUAUAUAUAAAAAAUAAUGGAUCAAUGUGUUCAUUACAUGUUAAAAAAAAAUUUAAUUAGGUGAUAUUGUGGAGGCCUUACUUAUUUUCUUACUUUUAAGAAAAAAAAAACUGACUUGGUUUCUGUGUAUCAGUGGAUGGUCUGAGGCCCAUCUGCUGUGGUUCUGUCUGUCACGCUUCGGCCUGUGUAGUAUAUCUGAUGGUACAUUUGGUUAAAUGAUCAAUAAAGUCAUUUGAAAAAGA